AUGUCUCAAGAAGAAACUUUCCUUUUUACUUCAGAGUCAGUAGGCGAAGGUCAUCCCGACAAAAUUGCCGAUCAAGUUUCUGAUGCUAUUUUGGAUGCAUGUCUCAAAGUGGAUCCCUUUUCCAAAGUUGCGUGUGAGACCGCCACAAAGACUGGCUUAAUUUUUGUAUUCGGCGAAAUUAACACUUCGGCCAGUUUAGACUAUCAGAAAAUUAUCCGUGAUACUAUUCAGCGUAUAGGUUACGAUGAUUCCUCAAAAGGAUUUGAUUAUAAAACGUGUAAUGUUCUUGUUGGUAUUGAACAACAAUCCCCUGAUAUCUCUCAAAGUCUUACACAAAAAAGUAAUCGACUUGAAGAUAUCGGUGCUGGUGAUCAAGGUAUCAUGUUUGGCUAUGCAACUGAUGAAACUCCAGAAUAUAUGCCACUCACUCUUGUGCUUGCUCAUAAGCUUAAUAAGAAAAUGGCUGAUCUUCGUAGGGACGGCACUCUUUCCUGGCUUCGUCCAGAUUCUAAAACUCAAGUAACCGUGCGCUACAAAAAUGAGAACGGAGCUUUGGUCCCUCUCGAAGUUGAUACUGUCGUCAUCUCUGUUCAACAUUCCCCCGAAAUUACAACCGAACAACUUAGACAACAGAUAAAAGAACAUGUUGUUAAGUCCGUUAUACCUUCUAAAUACCUAACAGAGAAGACUAUUUAUCACAUGCAGCCUUCUGGAUUAUUCAUUAUCGGUGGUCCUCAAGGUGACGCCGGAUUGACUGGCCGUAAAAUUAUUGUCGACACUGAUUGGUCUAAAGUUGAUCGUUCUGCUGCUUAUACUG